CGAGAGAUAUAUGCUUCUUUUUGGACAUUUGAUCAUCGCACAGCUUUAUUAGCAUACUGGUCAGACGGUUUGAGAACAGACCUUGUAUCUCGAGGAAGAGGAGAGAGAGCUUGUGUCAAGGUACGGACAAUCACAGCUCGACAUAUCAGAUCGAGAGAUCAGACACCGACUUGAACAGUACCGUCAUCGAGUAUAGUCAUCAUCCCACGCCGCACUCACACGUCCGAUUUCCAUGUCACCCUGGGACACAUUUCCAAGCGGAGAGCGAAGAUUCAAGGAAGGACAAGCUGCUUCCCACGAGUCGAGGGCUCUGUCCGGCAGAGAGGAAACACAGGCGUCGGAUAGUAAGCCCAGGUUCCUGUCGCGAAAGCCGUCCAUAGAACCACCCCCAGGCGUAACAGCAAGGUUGAAGAAGAAGCUACAGCCCUACCGUGACAAGGACACACAAAGCAACCCGUGGCUCAGAGAGUCCGACAAGGCACACGAGCCGCCCCAGAGUCCAAGAGUGACAGAGUUGUCCGAGGAGUCUGCGAACAUGCCGAUGUAUAACGAGCUCCACCCACCGCCUAUUUCGAAGUCGUAUGGAUCGUACUGGGACAGAAAGGAGCGUACCCAUGAGCGGAAGAACGUGCCAGUCGCCUCAUUCAUGGUCAAGCCCGGAUGCAUCUUCCACACGCCGGAGAAGAUACCGCGAGACUCCAUCGCAAACAAGCAAGUCGACGACGGCUGGUGGGCCCACCCAAUCCUGAUCCUCUCCUACGACAAACGCACCGAAAUCGCCUCCGUCCUCCUCAUCACCACCCUCGCCGGCAAGAAAAUGUCGGAAUGCUACCGGCCCGGCGUCAGCAUGCGCCGCCGCCUCCUCUACAUCCUCAACUCCGGCCAGGACGCGCAGCAGGAGAACAGCGAGGGCAUGCCGACGCUCAGCACGGAAAAGGAGUCGAACAACAUGUACCUGCAGAGCUACGUCAAGAUCAACGCCCCCGUCUGCGUCGAGCGCAGGUACAUCCUCCACCUCAGCAUGUCGCGCACCGUCAAGCUGGACGCGCUCAGCAUCGCGACGGUUAAUCUUGUUCUCGGUAAUUGGCUUGCUACUGCUGAGGCGGGCGCGCUGCCGUCUUCCUCCUCUGCCCCCUCCACGGAGGCCCAAGACGAGGCGGACGACGGCAAUGAGGUGUAUGAGUAUGCGUCUGCCCAGCGCGUCUCCCGCUCGUGCUCCCCCGUCGACCGCAUGAGCAGUCGUCUGUCCCACAUGGGACUUUGCGCGACGCCGUGGCCCGAGACGCCGGCUCGGCGGGGCAGAGGAGCGGGCGCGGCUGGAUUGGCGGCGUCGGGGCUGGCGCUGAGGCGCGAGGGGCGAGGGCAGGAGUUUGGGAUCAACUUUGCGAGGGCGCCGAUGGGGACGAUUGGGAGGGGGAAGGGGGCGGGGGGAAAGGUGGUGGGGGAGGGGAAAGGGGUUGUGGGUGAGGCGGGUAAGGAGAAUGGGGAGGGGGUGUGA